CGCGCGCACCUCAAACAUGGCGGGGUCUGUAGUGAUGUUUGAUUCUUCGGAGGAGUUCUCGGACUAUAAACUGUCUAGAGCAGACAUUCUGAGAGGGAUCGUUACCGAGAAGCUGACCACGGCGGCGCAGGAGAUCUUCGCGGUCUUGGAGAGAGCCGUAGCCGGAUAUGAGGAGGAGGCGGCGGGUCUGAGGCAGGAGAUCGACCGGCAGAGGCUCCAGCUGGAGGCUGUCCUUCAGCCCAGAGUCUCUCUCAGCAGGAUAGAUCCAGAAGCUGGAUUUGAAGAAGGUGGAGAACCAGAGAGACUAGCUCGGUGCACACAGACCGGUGUGAUGGGCUCAGGGAUUCAUAACAUCUUCAUCAAGACUGAGAACGACCUCAGUGAAGACUACGGUGGAGAUGUGGGGGAAGAGGAGUCCGCAGAUGAAUCUGCAAAGAGCGACAGUCCUGGCCUAAACAUCACCAGAGAGCGAGAUGAUCAGACCCCAGACACAAGAGGUCCAUGUUUGAAGAGGAAGAGGAGAAAGAGGUCUUCACUGAACCUCAGAGUCUGUCUACUGGAGGACUUCGAGGGUGACUCGGUCUUAAAAUGUGUGUUCAAACACCAGGUUCAGGAGGUGAAGUGUCCCCCAGGCCUGGAGGAGGCAGACUUCCUGGAUCUGCUGAGGUCUACCUUCCCUCAGCUGACAGGAGAGUUUGACAUGUUCACGAUCAACGCGUCCAGAGAGCUGAUGCCUCUGAAUCUAGAGAAACUGACUCCAGAGGAGGUCAGAAGAUCCCUCAGAUCCACAGCAGAAGGAACGGCUCUGUUCAUCAGAGAGAAGGACCCAGGUAACUCGCAGACCAGCACCGAGCAACAAAGUGAGCAACAAAGCUCUCCAUUAAGAGAAGAAGAAGCAACCAACAUCACAACAAAUGAUGAAAACUGGGAAAAAUCGAAUUUUAACAGCGGUCCUGAUGAAGAACUGGGGGGCAAUGACUGGGAGCCUUACCCGAGCACUUCAGGACUGCAACAAGAUGUGGAAACAGAGUUAGACUGGCAACAACAGGAAGUACCUGAGCACCUCAAUGCCCUGUAUUCUACUCAGCCUGAAACUGGAAGAGAUGACAAAGCUGAAGGUAAAGAUCAGGGGGAUGAAGAAACACCAGGAGAGCCCAGUACCUCUGCGCCGCCUGUAACUGAAAGAGAUAAAAAAGCUAAAAAUAGAAAAAAGGGAAGUGAUGAUGAUGAUGAAGAAUGGAAACCAGACAGUGAAAAAGAGCUGAAACCGAAAAAAACACGUUUAUCAAAGAAAUGUACUAAGAAAAAAGAAGAAAAAGAAAGUGCUGAUCCUGUGUCCUGUAAAGUCUGUAAAAAUCUGUUUAGGACAAGUAAGGUGUUGAUCAGACACGCCUGGAUUCAUGUGGAGGAUCCUGAGAGCCUUUGCGGAGUAUGUGGAGAAAAAUCCGAGUCUGCAGAAGAGCUGAAGAAUCAUCUCGUAAGUCACGGGACAACACAUGGCUGUGACACCUGUGGAAAGAAAUUCCUCUCUGAACUGAGUCUACAGAAGCAUGCUCGUCUCCAUGCAGGAGAGAAACUGUUCAAAUGUGACGCCUGCGAUAAGACAUUCUUCACAAAAUAUCAGUGGAGGAGACACUGCGUGAUUCAUGGGAAGGAGAAACCACACAAAUGUGAAGUCUGUGAUCAGUCUUUCUUUUACAAACAACAGCUGAAGUAUCACCGCAGCGUCCACGCAGUUGAGAAGCAGUUCACCUGUGAUGUCUGCGGUAAAUCUGUCAACACCUUACGGUCGCUGUCCCAGCACAAGUUGAUUCACGUGGGGGAAAAACGAUACAGCUGUAAAGUGUGUGAGAAGCGCUUUUUACUACCUGAAAAACUUAAACUGCACUUGAAACGUCACGCAUCUGAAGACAAGACGUACCUGUGUGAUGUCUGCAGCAAAAUGUUCCACACGCAAGCGCAGUUAAACGCUCACCUGAAGUAUCACGGCGAGGAGAAGGAGGGGGUACCGUGCACCGUGUGUGGAAAGAAAAUGUCAAAGAGGAACCUACGGGCUCACAUGAAGGUCCACACUGGGGAGAAACCCCACAAAUGCUCCCAGUGCGAGAAAUCGUUCAGUUCCACCAGUCAUCUCAAAAAUCAUCAAAGCACCCACACAGGCGCCAAACCCUUCAUUUGCGGGGUUUGUGGGAAAGCCAGCGCACGCAGGGAACACCUGAGAGUCCACAUGAGGACCCACAAUGGGGAGAAACCGUACAUAUGCAAGAUUUGUAACAAAGACUUCACUCAGAGCCACUGCCUGAAGACUCACAUGAAGAGCCACUAGGGGGAAAAGUCCGCCAAGACUUAACAGAGGAGCUGCAAGUCUGAAAACAUUCUUUUGUACCAAAAACUCAAUACGUGUUAAUCUCUGUAAAAAGUUAUUGGCAAU